AGAUGCUGAAGUGGACGGUUUCGAGAUCAUUGUCAGCGAGCAGCUCGACGCCUCACGGUCCGCCUAACUUGAACAAGGCGCCCCGCAGGCCCUUUCGUGAUCUAUCGAACACCCCUCCCGCUGUUGGGACGAGGACUCGGACGGUAGCCGGGCAGAAUGCCGAGAACGCGGCGAUGGCUUCGGCGAGAACGACGCCUGUACGCCGGAGGAGAUGCAGAAGUCACGGCAGCGACCUGAGGACGUACUUUCAGGUAUCGAUCUCGACUCGUUUGUCUCUCAUUUUCAGCCAGUUUGGCUCUCUAACGAACUCGCCUCUAACCACCAGCCUUGAAUAUCAACCAAUGACAACGAGAGACCGUACGUAUAACAAUCCGUACGUGUGUAUGGUUCGGUUUCAGGCAACGAAGCCCAAUUUACGGGCGAACAAACGUCAAUCGAUGUCACAGCAGCCGAAAAAGUCAUCGGUCUCGGAGAGUUUCUAUCAGAGCACGCCAAGGGUCGACGCCGAUAUCGGCCCGUUGACGUUCUUCCCCUCGGGCAGCAAGUGCUCGACAGCACUGACCCUGCCGACCGAUCCCACGCUCUUUAUGAAGAAGAGCAGAACAAAGAGCUCGUUCCAGAGCGACAACGAGCUGCCGCAGAACAUCGUGAACGAGGCCAGGGCGAAUCUACAGUCGCACGUGUCCGACUUCUUUCAGCAAAUCUCCAUGGCCACCAGCCCGGAGGACGUGAUGGAGGCUGACUCCGUGCCGUUCUCCAACAACAACAGAGUUUACUUUCAAAAUCAGGGGAGGACGACGUCCAAGACGUUCGCCGACUGCUCGAGGAUGUCGUACUUGCCGAAGCUGGCGAGAAUCACGAAGAUUCACGCCCGCAACAAGACGCCGUACCAUGGUGGCAAGGUGGCCUCCUCGGCCGCCACCGGCUCGUUCAAGGCCAAGUCUCGCAACCAGACGCCUCUCGCUGGGAAACUGUCGAACCUGGCCAUUGACCAAGAUUUACCAAAGUUCGAGAACAUGGACAACACGGUCACGGAGGUUCUCAACAGCAGGGAGCAGGAAAUGAAUUUCACCGGGAAGACGGUGGCGGAGAUACUUUUGGGAGACGUCGAGGAGAGGAAGAAGGUUCUCGAGAGCAGCCGAGGCGAGGAAGAGAGUGCCGCGAAGUCCGAUCACACGUGCGAGACGAUCAUGGAGGAUGAGACGGCGUGUCACAACGACAGUUCCGUCUCCUCGGCUAGUCAAUUGUUGGAGGACCCAUCACCGAUGUCCUGGGCAUUUGCCUCGCCCACCAACGAUCUCGACGAAGGAGAAUUCACCCUGAAGAGGCAGCGUGGGAUACGAAGGAAACGGCACCGGAAGGACACCGAGAAAACCUUCAACGGAAAGCGAGCAAAGAGACGAUCGUCCAAUCGCAGUCCGUCCGCUGAUGAUGCAGCGAAAGAACCGAACGAAGCGGCAGGGAACAACGCUCUGAUCGAAGCUGUGAAUCCAAACGUGAAGAAGCUCGCUUUGGAGACCGACUUGGACGCUACCUUGGACCACGAGAAGUGCGUGCUCGAGCCGAAGGCUCUGUUCGAAGGCGAGCUCGACGAAGGACGCAAAGACGAGAACGAGGAGGAGGAGGAGGAGGAGGAGGAAGAGGAGGAGGUCGAGAGGAAAGCAAACACGUGGGACCUGGACAGCCCGAAGUCGACUCUCACCGACGACUUUCACAGCUCGAAGUCGCUUCUGACUUCGGUGUCGAACACUCCGGAGACUCCGUUGGUCGCGACUGUCAGAAGGUGUCUCAAGUUCAGCCCGGAGAGCGAGCCGCCGCGACAGAAUUGUCACGGAUCGAUCGAGAUCGAGUAUUCCGUCGUGGGCGAUCAGAUACACGUGCGAGUGAUACGGUGCAAGGACCUGAGGAGGGCGUACGAAGGUCCCGUCCACGCUUACGUGAAGGCAAGCUUGAAGAACACGAACGGCGAAGGAGUGGUGAAGAGGACAGCGGUGCACAGGGCCACGCCGAAUCCCGUUUUCCACGAGACCUUGAUACUGCCCUGCCCGGUGAACAACAACCACUACACCAGCAAGACUACGUCCCUGGACAUCGCGGUUUGGCACAGAGAUCGUCGUGCAAGGAAGCGACAUGGCAUCCGCUAGAAGCAGGAACCGGUCGAAACACGAGCAACCCAUACGCCGGUCUGCCGCAGGACUGUGGAGUCUCGCCACCCCUGUCGAAGGACGGAGAGCCAGAUAAUAAUAAUUCAGGAGCGGAAGACCUGACGUAUUUGAGGCAUCUCGAAUUAGAGCCUAUCGAUCCUCUGACCGGCCUGCCUCUGCAUCCGGGUUUCACAGCCAGGGGUGGCAGAACACCAUGCACCAUUCCAUGGGGAUUCUCGCUGUCGUGGGGAAGGCCGCCCCGCGUGGAGCGCGUGGACCCAGGCAGCCCGGCGGAACGAUCCGGUUUGAGGCCAGGUGAUCACGUGGUCUUCGUUGACAUGACGAACGUGGUGACGCGAUCGCGGGAGGAGAUCCUCGGACUGAUCCAGGCGGCCACGAACCAAUUGAUCCUGGAGGUUUACCGCAAGGGGAACGUUCACUCGUCGAUGCACCGGCCUAACUCGAUGAACGUUAGUCUGCAGCAGUCGAUCGGCGGUGGCCACCACGCGGUUGCGUUCAACGCCGAGGUGUUUCCGAACCUCGCGCCGGACGCGCCGCCGGAGGAGGAGUUGUCCGUGCGCGAGACGCGGUACUGGGGCAUCCUGAAAAGCGGUCACACGCGUUUCCUGGCGCCUUUGGCUGAGAGACGCGACGUUCUGUCCGCGGCUGAUUACCUGAUCCUCUUCCAAAAUCUCGACGAGCUGCUCAAGAUCUCCGAGGAGAUCCGCGACGAGGGCGGCGGAGUCGAGAGUUAUCUGUGCAGAGUACCGAGAAUCACCGCUGCCUACAGAAGAUACCUGAGCGGGCUGCAACGCGCGUGUUGCCUGCUAGUCGCGCUCAGGCGAAACACGGCGUUCGCGAAGCUCGUCUGCGAGCCCGCUGUGCCGCACAAAAGGCGACCCGAUCUCACGGGUGUCUUGCUCUUGCCUCUGGAGCACUAUAGAGAGAUGACGAGACUGUUGUGCCUGGCAUCGCCGAGGAACUGCCAGCAAGCCAGAGAUCUAGCUCAGGGAUACCGGGAAGCGACCGCGAACGCCGGCGUGAUGGAACCACCGCGCGACACCGGCAAGCCUCUGCUCAGUCUGCAGGAGGUUGAGUCCCGUUUGGUUUUCGCCAGAUGUAAACCGUUCACGCUGGCCAUGCCGGGCAGACAAUGGUUAUUUGGAGGCGCGCUGGCAAAGGUGGAGGGCCGAGCGCGGCUGCAACCCUCGUGGGCGUUGCUUCUCACCGACCUGCUCGUGUUCGCUCGUGUUUCCCGAGACCGGGUUCUGUUCGUAACCGAGGAGCCUCUGCGGCUGUCGAACAUCGCCGAGGCUUGUUUCACCGUCCGCAAACGACCCACGGAGUUCCGGUUGCAAAUCGCGAUCAAUCCUUCCGGCAGCUCGGAGAACGGCCACGUCGAGGUGACGAACAGCGGUGGCUGCAGCCCUCACAGUCGUCCGCGAAGGCGCGUUUUGGUCCUGCGUGCGCCGACCCCGGAGCUGAAGGCUGUCUGGCACAAUCUCCUUCAGCGACAAAUAAUCUAUGUAAAUACAGGCUAUGGGGGAACACCGAGUCAGGACAGCCCGGAAGAAAGUCCGAUCACCGGUAGCAAUUUCACCACCGCCGCGAUUAGAGAAUCGACUGAAAGUUCGCAAACGACCAGGGAGUCGCAGAAACAGGACGAGGAGAAGGGAUCGCGCUCCGUGGAGAGCAUCGACAGUAUCGUGAAAAGUUCGACGGGAGACAAUCACCUGGCGCAGUGGGUGCGCAAUUCCCACCAGAUCCCGCCGCCGGAUCACGAGGAGGUGCCUAUCGAGGAGUGGACGGCCGAGGAUCUGGCGGCACGAGUGCCGCGAGAAACCGGCAACGAGCCGAGCCGGGAACGACACGCGAUAGCGGACGACGUCGCGACGGAGGUGAUCAGUUCGGACGUGGAACAGCAGAGUACAGCGUCGAGCGCGAGCCUCAGCACCGUGAAAUCCAACAGCGUGACCGCGAAGAAGAACGGCAGCCUUGCGUCUUCCAAGGAGAACUCCGCCAGUUCGAUCAACAUUUGCAGAAGAUGUCACAGGUCAGGUUGCCCGACACCGCCUCUGACGAGAGAUCCGUUUUCCCCGUUACCGCCGAAGAUCUCGGUGGUGCCGCCAACACCCGACUUGUGCACCAGGCAUCGACUGAGAAACGGGCUGCACGACAGCCCUGGCAGGAACAGUCCAGCUUACACUCCGGCCGAUGGCAAUACGGAAGACGGCAGCGAGGACGAUCUGGAUUGCGACGGUGAACCACCGUACAGAGUUUUGAGAAGAUUCGGCACGGUGAGCAGCCUGGAUCAGGACGACGAGCUAGAGGAGCAGGGGGACGACGAUAAUCGGGACACCGAAUCUCCGCCGACAGGUUUGAGAGCGUGGACAGCUCGAGCGAGCAGUUACAUGGUCAGCAAGAGGUCGGCGUUGUUGGAGCAGCUUGGCGAGGGCAUAGGUGGAUAUCUUCUCCAGUCGCCGGUUCCGCCCGAGAGAACGGAAUUCUCGUUGGAUCCGAACGACGAGGAAGGGACGACGUCCGGCGCUACCUCGGGCGACGAUAUCUGGGGCACACCGACCUCCGGCGGACCCGACGACGAGAGCUUCACCGCGAGCUCGCCGCCGCCCAUCGGCUCGGGCAACGUCGUCACAUUCGGCGAGGAUAACUACGGGCUGAACCUGUCGGCGGAGGACGAGGCGGACCAGGAGUCGGAGAACGACGACUGCAACCUGUCGGAGCUGAACAUGGACCAGCUGCUCGGCAGUGGGAGCCUCAGCUCGUUGCGGUGUUUCCUGGGCAGGCAGAGGCUGGAGCCGCUGCCGGAAGAAGAGGACACGUCGGGCAGCGCCAAGGACCAGCGGUUUCAAACGGCGGCGUCGAAGAACGUCGGCACGAGCUCCGACCCCGGGAACGAGAGGGAUCGUAUAUUCGCGAGAUUGAGCCAGGAGGACGAGGAGUUCCGCAGGAAGAUAGUGAACCUUCACAGAAAGUUGUCGGACGUCGAGGACACCUACGCGGCCGAGUGCGCGUCGUCGGACAUCUCGAAGGCGUCGAAAGAAGCGGAACGCCUGAGGGAACUGGAAUCGGUGGCGCGACGAGCGGAGGAGACCAGGGAGAGCAGAAACGCCGAGAGAAUCGGAGCGGAAGAACAGGCGAAGAACAGGGGAGAAGGAUAUUUGGGCCCGGAACUGCUCGGAGCCGACACGAGGAGAGGCCGAUGUUACGGCCGGAGAGGCGACGCGCAACAGGAGCAACGGAGAAGGCGAAUGGAGCUGUUCCAACGGAAGACGAGCAGGCUGGAGGAGGACUCGGACGAUCAGAACGACAGCAGCCCGUCCAGAACGACCGAGAAGAAUUUCUUGAACAGAUUGAGAAUAAAACGGCGCAGCAUGAAGCUGCUCAGCUUCCUGAGCGGCAAGGCCGCGGACAGGUCGCAGGAGGAGCGCGCCGCGAGACUGCUGAGGAUGUACAUGCCCGAGAAAGGAUCGAAAGCACAAAACACUAUUUCUAUUCAUCAUACGUCCAGGGACAGGCGAUUUUGGAAGCUGCGUAGUCGAAGGCGGACAAAUUCCUCU